CAUUAUUGGGGGAAUUUUGAUCAUCUCUGGCUUAUACCUGGUCACUUGGGCCCGCCAUAAAGAAAGACAGACAGCCACUGGGAUGCCGUUUGUAAAAUGCACUUCUGAAGGACAUCAUGAUGACCCACUGCUCAUAAAGAGAGGAAACCUCUUCUCUGGCUCCUUGUCUUGGACCGAGCCACAUGAGUCAUGAUUUUUGUUUUUCUCUUCCCCAUGCCAUGAUCCUCCCAAUUAGAAUAUAGAGACAGAAUAUAUACCGGCAAGAGCGACCUUCACCAGGGGAAGAUUCUUGCUUUACUUAAAGAAAUAGCUACUAGUCUUUUUUCCUGAGCCCUUGGCAUUUGUGCCACAUCGUUAUCUUCUUUCCCCACCAUCCAACUUUGUUUCAUCAUAUUCUUCACAAGAAACUAUAUAAAUUAGCUGCCAGCAAUUUCAUGUCCAGAAGUGAAGCGGUAUCUUAUAGUUAACUCUUGAGCUACCAUUAAGCAAUGGCAUCCAACAAAGCAGAAAAACCUCAAGGUUCCUCACAACCCCAGGCACCAAAGGUUCAGCAAGUUAGGGCUGGAGGAGCAAAGUUUGUUACAAAGAAGGUGGCGCAGAAGCCACAAGAACCAAAAAAGGUCACAGGUGCCAAGCCAGCUCCACCAGCAAAGUGAGAGGCUCUAAUGGUUUGUCUGCAUAGAACUCUGGUGCCGUUGCUCUCUUCAUGUGCAGCAGAAAGACUAGUAAUGAAAUAAGCAGAUGUUUAUACUGUAAUAGUUAAUAUAUUAUGAUAUGACAGUUAAGCUUUAACCUGUUGCUCUCUGAUGCUAAUCUUUUGGGAGUGA